GCCAUGUGAAAAGCAGCGCCUCGGUUGCGAAACCAUCAGAAGAUAGGCAAAUUGAUACUAUAAAAGCCCCAGCUUCAGCAUUCACAAGACUCGGAGCUUCCGACUCGUCACACGUCCGAUGUUCAUGAGCGACGACCACAAAAUUGUUGGCUGCUGUGCCCAUCGUUCCGCUCUGAUCCAUACCUCCACAUCCAUGAUGCUUAUCCAGACUCCGGGAACGUACGCCCUGCUCAAUGCUCGCAGUGGCACCGCACUGGACCUAUCUGGCGCGGACCGUAGGUCGGUCCUUGGAUAUCCCUCACACAUGGGCGAGAACCAACAGUGGGAGUUUCUUCCCAACGGGAAAGGCUACGCGAUCCGCAGUGCCCGCAUGUCCCUUUUGGGUGGGCUAUUUUUGACAGUGGAAGGAGUCUAUGAUGGCGCACGGAUCAUUGGCAGUCCUUAUCCCACAAGUUGGGAUGUUCAUAUCGACGAGGAGUAUAGAAGUUUGUGCAUCUUCUGGCCUAACACGAGCUAUUUCGUUGGCUUGGACAACGAAAACGAGGGAUCUCAAGCCAAGGCAAGGCUCAUGGAAGAAAUUCCCGGGAAACCCCGGCAACGAUGGUUUCACGUAUUCUGCAGGACAGUACAAGGGCAACAGAUUAUGGACCUGGACGCCAGACCCUAUAUGAAUUUGGACAAAUUCAUUCUGCGCAACGUGAAGAGUGGCACGGUACUCGAUCUUUCGGGCGCUGAUCGAAGGUCUAUUCUUGGAUGGACUGUGCAUAGGGGGCACAACCAACAAUGGGAGUUUCUUCCCUAUGGUCGAGGAUACGCAAUUAGGGCUGUGUGGCGGCCAACUGCUGAUCCGCUCUAUCUCAGCGUGGAGAACACCAAUCAAGAACCACAAGUCGUUGCAAGUCCGUUUCCUACCAGCUGGGAGCUCCAUGUUGACCAGAGAACAGAAACUGUCCACAUCCAAUGGUCUGGGACAUCUUACGCCAUUGAGCUUGGUGAUCAGGGAAGUGCGACCCCAGGGACUAGGGCGCAACUCAUGAUAGGAAAGGCCGAAGAGUUUAGUCAGUCGUGGCAGUUCAUGCACUAUCGAGUGUGAGCCUAUAUGCGGCCCCGGAUCGUCGAUAUGGUGAUCAUUCUAGACUCGGAUAACAUGGGUAUCUUGUACUGCCUGCGUUGACUGACUAAACAUGAUACGAGCUCAAUGAAUGGCUAUUCACCUGCA